AUGAUGCAUAGUCAUCCCCCACAGCCUCCACCUUUAGCUACAAAUCUUCCAUAUCCUAAUGCUUCUGUGAACGGCUCAUCGAGCUACGGCAUGGCUCCUAGUAUUCCUGCCCCACUGUCCAACAACCAGUAUCCAGGGCGCAACCCUGCGGUCGAGGUCGAGGGUGGGGAUCGAAGCAAAGCCCAACUGAUUGUCGGUAUUGACUUUGGCACAACCUUCUCAGGUGUCGCAUAUGCAUUUGCGACCAACAACCAGGCAAGCGAGGAUAUCAUCACGGAAUGGCCCGGCGCUGGAACCCACGCAAAACAGAAGAUUCCCACUGUCCUCUACUACGAUCAAUACCAAAAGGUAGUAGGAUGGGGCCCCGAUAUCGCCGACGCUCUCGCCCCGACCGGAUACCCCAAGCCCCAAGUGCAGAAAGUCGAGUGGUUCAAGCUCCAGCUUAUGCUCUCUGGAAACACCUAUAUUGAUCCCAUCAACCUGCCUCCCCUCCCCCGGGAAACCAUUCGCGCACAGCUGCAAAAGGCUCUAGGAGAGGUGUUCACGCGCGAGGAACGCAAUAUUCGAUACUACCUGACCGUACCGGCGAUUUGGAACGAUGCCGGCAAGGCUGCCACUCGGACUGCUGCCAUUCAAGCUGGCUUCUUGCGCGACGAGAACGAUAACCGUCUUACACUAGUCUCAGAGCCCGAGGCAGCGGCCUUGUUCUGUGCCAAAAGCGGAUUGCUCAACUUGAAGGUGGGCGACGCUAUUUUGAUCGUGGAUUGCGGUGGCGGUACUGUGGAUUUGAUUGCCUACGAGGUCGAGGAAGAACAGCCUUUCAGUGUGAUGGAAUGUACUGCCGGGUCUGGUGACUCGUGUGGUUCAACAGCACUGAAUCGGAAUUUCAGUAACAUCUUGCGCGCGAAGAUCCGUAAGAUGAAGCUGCCGGAUGGCUCUCGGACUGCGGGCAAGGUCUAUGCGAAGUGCAUCAUGGACUUUGAGAACCGUAUCAAGGCCGACUUCCGCAACAACGGGCAAAAAUGGGCAGUGGAUGUGGGUAUCGAGGCCGACUUCCCCGAUGCUGGUAUUGAAGAGGGCUACAUGACCUUCAUGAACGAGGAGAUCCUUCAGUGCUUUGAGCCUGUCGUGAAUCGUAUCCUCGAGUUGGUCCGCAACCAGAUUAUCGCUAUUCAAGCACAGAACCGCCUGAUCCAGAACGUUCUGGUCGUCGGUGGAUUUGGUGCUUCAGAAUACCUCUUCCAGCAGAUCAAGCUCCACGUGCCGCCACAAUAUCAGACAAAGGUGGUCCGUCCGAUGGACUCUGUAGCUGCGAUUGUCAAGGGUGCAGUCACCGCAGGUAUUACCGAGCGGGUCGUCACACACCGUAUAGCACGUCGGCACUACCUCAUGGCCACGCUCCAGCCAUUCAAGGAAGGCUAUCACCCGGAACAAUACCGUGUUCCCAGUUUGGAUGGCCGCGAUCGAUGCAAAUACACCCGCCAGAUUUUCGUCCAAAAGGGCGAGCGUGUCAGAAUCGGCGAACCAGUCAAGGUCAGCUUCUUCCGUCAAGUUGCACCUGGCGCCACCCUCAUGUACGAAGAUGUGCUUUACGCCUGUGAUGAGGAUGUCUGCCCCGAGUACACCAAGGAUCCACGCAUCAAGGAAGUGGUCACACUCACAUCCGAUCUGUCACGCAAGAAUCUCGAGACCGACUUCGAGCGCAUGGACACACCACAAGGCAUCUUCUACCGUGUCUAUUUCGAUAUUUACCUUACGCUAGACGGCAGUGAAUUUAGCGCCGAACUGGUCUGCCAAAACGAGAUCAUGGGCCGCUGCCGUGCUAAGUUCCGGUGA